GAGGGCCAAUGGCCAGCGUGUUGCAUCCCACUCCCCAUUUCAACGGCCUCCGGUUUUCCUCCUCAUUCUUCCGCCCCAAAUCGUCACUCCGCUCCACUACGCUUGCAUUCUUCUAUUAUCCCGCUCAGGCAUUAUCUACCUCAUCAGCUAUGCAAGUGCCUGGGGCUGUCUCUGAGAAAGGAAUGCCCCUGGGAAUAGAUGCAGCAACUGAAGAAGAAUAUGCUUCCCAGGCUAAAUUGCUUCAAGAAUUUAGUAAUAUCCCUAUCAUUGACAAGGCAUGGAUUUUCAAGUCUGACAGUGCUAACUGUUCCAGGGCAAUGUUUUCUGUUGGGCAAGUGAACCUGUUGGCUAAUAAAAAAAGGACAGUUAUUCUAUCAUCUCAUGUUUCAAAGACAAGUAAACAGUCAGUGGAUUUCCAGUGGACCCCCUUUCCUAUAGAAAUGACUGGUGUGUCCACAGUUGUCCCAUCACCAUCAGGUUCAAAGCUUCUUGUGGUUCGGAAUAAAGAAAAUGAAUCCCCUACACAGCUUGAAAUAUGCGGUCCAUCUCUGUUGGAGAAGGAGAUUCAUAUUCCACAAUCUGUUCAUGGCUCGAUAUAUAAUGAUAAAUGGUUUGAGGGAAUUUCCUGGAAUCACAAAGAAACUCUCAUUGCUUAUGUUGCGGAAGAGCCAUCUCCGUUAAAACCAGCAUUUAAUGAUUUGGGCUUCAAGAAAGAAGGCUGUUCUGAGAAGGACAGUGGUAGCUGGAAAGCCCAAGGAGAUUGGGAAGAGGACUGGGGUGAAACCUAUUCGAAAAAAAGAAAGCCUUCAUUGUUUGUUGUCAACAUUAACAGUGGAGAAGUCCAGGCUGUUCAAGGAAUUUCAAAAUCCUUAAGUGUUGGUCAAGUUGUUUGGGCUCCAUUAUCUUUCCAUGGAUGUCAGAAUUACUUGGUUUUUGUUGGGUGGUCAUCAGAAAAUGGUCCAAACCAGACUCCAAGAAAGCUUGGCAUUAAGUAUUGUUACAAUAGGCCAUGUGCCUUGUAUGCAAUUAGGGCUCCUUUUCAAGAACUAAAAGCUAAUGAAGUACCAAUAAAUGAUAAUGAAAUGGACAAUUUUGGAACUGCGAUCAAUUUAACUCGUGGCUUAAGUAGUGCUUUCUUUCCACGAUUUAGUCCAGAUGGAAGGUCCCUUGUAUUUCUAUCUGCAAAAAGUGCUGUUGAUAGCGGUGCACAUUCAGCCACAAAUUCACUUCAUAGAAUUGACUGGCCUGCUGACGGGAAAUUGCAGUCAUCUUUAAAUAUUAUAGAUGUGGUUCCUGUUGUGAUGUGUCCUGAGGAUGGUUGCUUACCUGGACUUUAUUGUUCUAGCUUUCUCUCUGAUCCGUGGCUUUCUGAUGGAUGUACAAUGAUUUUGUCCUCUGUAUGGGGUAGCACCAAUGUAAUACUUUCAGUAAACAUUUUGAGUUGUGAAAUAUCACGUGUAACUCCCAAUGACUCAAGCUACUCAUGGGAUGUUCUUGCACUGGAUGAGGACAAUAUUCUUGCUGUGUCAAGCAGCCCUAUAGAUCCUCCUCAAAUCAAGUAUGGCUACCAUACUGGUCAGAUGGAUCAAUCAAACACAUGGAAUUGGUUAAACGUUUCAAGUCCCUUUGCAAGAUACUCUGAUAAGGUGAAAUCUUUCCUAUCAUCACUUCAAUUUAGUAUAUUGAAGAUUCCAGUCAGCGAUCCUUCAGAAAUCCUUUCCAAUGGUGCCAGAAAACCAUAUGAGGCUAUUUUUAUAUCGAACAAAGAGAAUAAGAUGGACAAUGCGUGUAAUCCACUAAUUGUAAUUCUUCAUGGUGGUCCACAUUCAGUUUCAUUGACAAGCUACUCUAAGUCGUCUGCAUUUCUCUCUUCACUGGGCUACAACUUGCUUAUUGUAAAUUAUAGAGGCUCAUUGGGAUUUGGAGAGGAAGCAUUGCAAUCUCUUCCAGGGAAAGUUGGGACCCAGGAUGUGAAUGAUGUACUUGCAGCUUUAGACUAUGUCACUGGAAAGGGACUGGUAGAUGUAUCUAAAGUAGCUGUUCUUGGAGGUUCACAUGGAGGUUUCUUAUCCACUCAUUUAAUUGGCCAGGCUCCAGAUAGAUUUGUUGUGGCAGCUGUCCGGAAUCCUGUUUGUAACCUAUCAUUAAUGCUUGGUACUACUGACAUCCCUGAUUGGUGUUAUGUAGAGGCCUUUGGGUCAGAAGGAAAAGAUUACUUCUCAGAAGCACCUUCAGCUGAAUAUUUAAAACUCUUUUAUAACAAAUCUCCAAUCUCACAUCUCUCAAAGGUUAAAGCACCUGUCCUUUUCCUUUUGGGAGCACAGGAUCUUCGUGUUCCAGUUUCUAAUGGUCUCCAGUAUGCCAGGGCUCUCAGGGAGAAAGGUGUUGAGGUCAAAGUGAUUGUAUUUCCUGAAGAUGUCCAUGGAAUCGAGAGGCCACAGUCUGAUUUCGAAAGCUUUCUUAACAUUGGUGUAUGGUUUAAGAAGUACUGUAAGUGAGCAUCAUAUUCUGUUCUAACUAUACUUGUUCAUGAGUAUUCAACAUUCACAUUAUCAUUGGAAUAAGGAAUUUAUUGACCUUUUAUAUUUAUUCACUUGGUUUCUGUA